GCAAUAUUGGGUGUCAGUUGUUCCCUUGCGGUUCCGUUUAUAUGAAAUGGUCAUGCGGUCUCUCUGUACUUAAGUUAUGGCUUUUGAAUCUUGAGCCCCUGACUUUUCUGGUUUUUUGUGUGUGUUAUAACUGGUUCGCUUGAUAGUCUUGGAUAGUUUCUUUGUCCUUUUUUUCCUUUUAUAUUCUCCUCUUUACUGAUUUUCGAGACCAAAAGAAUUCAUAGGCUCCUGGGACUGUUGCUCUUCCACGGUGGUUAGACUUCCUUUUAUUAUAUCUUGAUUGGCUCUGGGUAUCAUGGGUUCUAUCUUUUCUACUAGUUCCACUGUGCUCUUCUCGAUUGAGACCGGUUUGAAUUCUUCGUGGGACAUGGAUGAUGAAUAUGAGAAAUUUGUUCGAAGGAUGAACCCACCCAGGGUUGUAAUUGACAAUGAAGCUUGCAAAAGUGCAACAGUUAUACGGGUGGAUAGUGCAAACAAACAUGGAAUACUUUUGGAGGUUGUGCAGGUUCUUACAGAUCUGAACCUUAUUAUUACUAAGGCUUAUAUAUCGUCUGAUGGUGGAUGGUUCAUGGAUGUUUUUAAUGUAACUGAUCGAGAAGGCAACAAACUUAAAGAUGAAUGUUUGCUGGAAUAUAUUAGUAAGUCUCUUGGGGCAGAUUCCUCCUAUGUACCCUCGAUGAGAAGAUCUGUAGGGGUUGAACAAUCAACCAACCACACAUCAAUUGAGUUAACUGGCACUGACAGACCAGGACUGCUCUCUGAAGUCUGUGCUGUUCUCACUUGCCUGAAAUGCAAUGUGGUUAAUGGUGAGGUCUGGACCCACAAUACACGGGCUGCAGCUGUGAUGCUUGUAACUGAUGAGGAGACUGGAGCUGCAAUCACUGACCCAGAGAGGCUAUCCAAGAUUAAGGAAAUGCUCUGCAAUGUACUAAAGGGUAAUAAUAAAACUAGGGAGGCCAAGACUGUAGUUUCUCUAGGAGUGACGCACACUGAAAGAAGGCUUCACCAGAUGAUGUUUGCUGAUCGCGAUUAUGAACGAUCAGAUAGUGAUACCUUGGAUGAGAAGCUCAGACCCAAUGUGACAGUUGUUAAUUGGCAUGACAAGGACUAUUCAGUUGUCACAAUUAGGUGCAAGGAUAGGCCAAAGCUUCUCUUUGACACAGUCUGCACUUUGACUGAUAUGCAAUAUGUGGUUUUCCAUGCAAAUGUUGAUGCUGAAGGGGCAGAAGCUUAUCAGGAAUACUACAUUAGGCAUAUUGAUGGGUCCCCUGUCAAUUCAGAAGCUGAGAGACAAAGAGUAAUCCAAUGUCUUGAAGCAGCUAUAGAAAGAAGAGUAUCUGAGGGAUUGAAGCUAGAGCUGUGCACAACAGACAGAGUUGGUUUGCUAUCUGAUGUCACUCGUAUAUUUCGUGAGAACAGCUUGUCAGUCACAAGGGCAGAAGUGAUGACGAGAGCAGGGAAAGCCAUCAACACCUUCUAUGUUCGUGAUGCAGCAGGAAAUCCUGUUGAUGCCAAGACUAUUGAUUCAAUUCGAGAAGCAAUUGGUCAGACAAUACUCCAAGUGAGAGGCUGUUUUGAGAGUCCAAAAUCUCAGGCUCAAGAAUCUCCGACCAGGUUCCUUUUUGGUGGUCUAUUUAAGUCCAGGUCUCUCUAUAAUUUUGGUUUGGUCAGAUCCUAUUCUUGAUGUUGAGGUCAGGUCGCAGGGCUUGCACUAAGGUUUCUCUCAGUUGCAACCAUAUAAAUACAUCUCUGCCUGCUGCUGCAAACUCAAACAUGGAUUACUUCCUUAUGGAACAUGCGAUGGAAGGUAGAGACACGGUCAAGUUUUCCAAAUAGGAAAAAGGUGGAAAAAAACAGAUAUUUAGUGGGACCUGUAAAUUCAUCCAUUUCCCCUGUUGUGCCAUUUGUUAAUGAGGGAUCCAACCCCUUUGGACCAAGAAGCGUAAGGAAAAAGGUAGAACAAAGAUGUAAAUGAAAUAAUCAGCUGUAAAUUAAAGGGUUAUAUCAAUGCUUUCUGGGCUGGCCCUGAGCUCUGUUAUAGAAAAACAUAUGGGUGCAAUCUUUGUAAAUAAUAAAUCCUAUUCUUUUUCA